AUGUUCAUCUUCAGCAAAAAUUUGGAGCCAACCACACCACUCCAGGAGGCCAAACUCUGCCCUGCCCUGCUAGAAGAGGCUGAAGCAGAGGAAGGCGAACCUACGGACGGGCGUCAUCAUCAUCAUCGGGCCCUCGACCUUCAACACAACCCCUCCCCUUCCCCUUCCUCCCUACGGAUCUCAACAUUAUCAGAAGAUACAAACAAUGAGAAAAGUUCCCACAGCGUUGAGUCGGCGCCGGUGGAUUAUGGCCAGGCUUGCUCUGGAAGCCCAGAAGAGAAUAUCAACGUCGGAAAACGUGUCGAGCAUGCCUUGGAUGAGGUGUUUAAACAGCAUCCAAUCACAAACAAUAAGUCACCGUUAUCCCCCAACAAUAAGGUUACAACGAUCAGCCCAUAUAAUAGGGUUAACAUUGUUAGUUCCUCAAGAGAGUGCAACCAUGCAAACCGAGAUUCGGGCAAUUGCUCCGGCUCAUCGGUUUUCAGCAAUAUGUCAUAUUUGGAAUCAACCACUGAUGAUUCCUUAUUCCUAGAGCAGCUGAGCGAUGAUCAUUACCGUCAAUCCAGCAAGAGGGAAGUUUCAGACUCAAGCGAUAGCCAGUUUAACUCUCCCACUAUUGAUACUCUGGAAGUCGGAUAUCAGUGCUUCAACAGUGUUUUGGACAAGGAUGCAGAUGUUUGUGUGAACAUUUCAGACGAUGCUGAUGACAAGUGCAUCACAAAAAAUCUCAUCACCAGCACAAAUCCGCUCUAUCCUUCUCUGAUUCUGCAUGAUGGCAGCGUCACACCAAGUGAAAAGCACAGAAGGACAGUGGAGCACAGGUGUCAGCACUGAACAAGCACUUGAUGCAUGUGGAGCUUCGAAAUUCCCCCACAGCAAUGGCCAAGAUCCCACAUCUGUGCAGCCAAGUUCUUUGACCCCUUCUUUGCAUUUCUCACCAGUUAUUCAAAUAGACAGUUCCUAUCAGUGUGUUUAACUAUGCUAAUACAAAUGAUAAGUAUACAUGCCUGAAACAUUGAAUGCAUUUUUGAAUGUCUACAGUUACAAUGAGUCAUUCAUUUGAAAACAUGGCACCAGGCAAACUUUAUCUAUUGUAUAGGGUUGUCCCUAUUCUCUUAAUGAGUCAUGGGUGUGUUUUGGGCAUAACAUGCAUUAAACCAAUCAGAGUCUCAUCUCCCAUUCCCUUUAAGAGCCAGUUGCCCUCGUGCCAUGGCGGAUUCGCUAUUUACAUGGAGGAAUUUGCUAGAACGAAGAUUGAACGCUUCUCCAGAGAGCAGG